AAUAUUCAUUCCGUGAGAUUUUUGUUAGGUUAUAUCCCAAUCCAAAAGAGAAACAGAAAAGAUGGGUUUUGAAAUUCCGGAGCCGUUCAAAUGGGACAAAUCCUUCGAAGUUUUCCCAAACUCAUUGACACACAUUUCCACAAUGAAGAGGCAAUGAUGAAAAAGGCAAACUAUGGUGACUUCGAAUCCCACCAUAACGCCCACACUGAUUUCGUGGCCACCCUAAAAUCCGUCACCACCCCCGUCAACGAUGCACAGCUUCACUGGGCUAAAGACUGGCUUGUGACCCACAUUAAAGGCACUGACUUCAAGUACAAGGGGAAAUUGUGA